UUGCAAAUAAUCUUUGAAACAUAUUUGACUGUCAAUAAUUAUAAAUAACAUAUAUAAUAAUUACGAUUAUGCAUCCAUUUAAGUUUUAUUAUUUUCUUAUUAAAUUAAUUUUUGUAACAUGAUUAAAGGGUUUAGGUGUGUUAAAAUCCAUUAAAUCAGCGGUAAUCGGAGAUGAACCUCUUAAAGAAGUGAUAUUCCAUAAGAAAUUUGAAUCUAACAUAGAUCACGUAUCUGUUUUUGAAGACGUAACGCUAAACAAUCAUAACUUCUAUAAUCCAAUGGACACAGCGUUGCGUAAGAAAAAAUGCGAGAAAUUAGGUUUAAAAUUUCAAAUAUCAACUAAAGAAUAUCCGAAAAAUAUUCACAAAAUAUUAACUAAACCCAGGAACAUUUUAGAUACAACAACUGUAAAUCCAAAUAACGUUGGAAAUGUUACUUACGAACUUCUAUCUCAGUUACUUUGUAAUACAGAUGAGUACCAUGAAACUAUAAGAAAUAAGAUACAUGAG